GGUGGCACGGUGUCACAGCAGUAGAGUUGGUGCCUAACAGCGCCAGAGACCCAGGUUCGAUCCUGACUACGGGUGCUGUCUGUACGGAGUUCGUACGUUCUCCCCGUGACCGCGUGGGUUUUCUCUGGGUGCUCCAGUGUCCUCCCACACUCCAAAGACGUACAGGAUGAAUCAGAUGUGGAAACAAACAUAUGUAGGAACUGUGACCCUAGCCAGCACCAUGCAGGGUCAAUCCUGUCCGUUUGUUCGAAGACUUGUAACCAACUUAGCUUCAUCUCCUCUCAGUACUGUGCCCAGGUCUAAUAUAAAACCAAAGGGUCAAAUGCACAAACAAAGGCAGCAUGUGAAAAGCAGCAAAGGUGUUAGUAUCCUCCAGGAUCCAGGUAUCCCAGUGCUCAGAAAGCUGACCAGACAAGGGCUUGUGGAACUGAUCGCAUCCAGUGUGGUAUACCAAGAAUAUCCUCUAAUCGGCAUUAAUAAGCCAGCAGGACUCUCCAUCACAGGUAGAGACCUUUGCUUGAUUUCACUGCUUCCAGAUCUUCAGCACCAACUUCAGCUUUCUGAAAUGCUCCAUGUGGUAAAAGCAAGUCACAGGGACCAUUCUGGUCUGGUUCUGCUCUCCACCUGUCACCAAACCACCCAGAACAUUGAGAACGCCUUCAUUCAGGCUCGCAGAAAGAAGGAAGCGAUAACAAGUUACUGCGCAGUGACAGUGGGUGUUCCAGAACCUGAGGCGGGUGAGAUCAACAUUGCCCUCAAACAACAGAGCAUUGGCGAGCAUAAGAUGGUGGUUCCUGUGUUUCACCCAACUGCUGGAAACUUUCGACGGAAAGAAGCAAAGAAAGCAAUUACCCAGUACAAGGUUCUGGAUGCUGCAAAUGGCUGUGCUUUAGUGCAACUUCAGCCUCUUGCGACCUUUGAGAGCAUGUUGGAAGUUCAUCUCACUCUCAAACUCUGCACAGUUCUUGGGGAUCAUGUAUAUUCUGGCUGCCUGGGCAAGGUUCUUGACGUUCCCUUCCGCCUUCCUGUGGAAUCGGUAAUUCCUCAAACUCAGGUACUGGAUGAGACCUUGCUGCAGAAGCUACAUAUGGACCAAAACCACAUGUGGAAAAUGCCAAUUCACCUUCACUUGCAAAGACUUACAAUUCCACCAUUUGGAACCAAGAAAUCAGAGACGGUCAUUACAGCUGCUCCCCUGCCUUACUUCAGCAGGAAUCUUGAACUCUUGGGUUUAACAAAGAAUGAGUUUGUUGACAAAGGUACAAAGAAAUGAAGAACUAUUCAUGCAUUAUCUCUAAGCUGAGAUAAAGGACAGAUUUCUGAGCAGUCACACAGUGAAAUCCAAACAUUCAGAAGAUGUGGAUAUGUUUGUAACAUUCCUCACACACAGCAUGAGGAAGUGGAUGAUCACAGCUUGCAGAGAUUGGACAGAUUCAAGAGUGUUUUAUUGUCAUACGUUCCAGAUAGGACAAUGAAAUUCUUACUUGCUGCAGCACAACAGAAUAUGUAAACAUAGUACAUGAUUGAGAGAAAAAAAGUUCAGUGUGGUGUAUAUAUACACACAUACCCAAAAAACAACCAACAAUUCUAAUCAUAGGGGCACUUUAGGGCUGUGUGCUUAGUCCCCUACUCGACAUUCUCUACAUUGAUGACAGUGUAGCCAGACGCAGCUGCAUUGCCAUCUUUAAAUUUGGAGGACAAUCACAAUUGUCAUUUAAUUAAGUAUAAGAAAUUGGAUAUAUUUUUUUUAAUCCAAAACUAUCUGGGUCUGCCUCAUUCCAGUUAAUUUAAGUAAAUAAAAAUCAAGUUU